AUGGCAGAGGACAAGGUGUAUAGUGGUGACCUGCAAUCUAUGACAAAGGGUCAACUGAUGUUUGAAAGCCAUAGAGUUUUAGCGUGUUCUAUUUUAAAAAAUGAUAAUGGGAUAUUUCUUAGUGGUGUGGUAGGAGCAGCUAUGAAGAAAAAGGUAACUUACAACUACAGGUUGAAACUUGAAAAGAGCUCCGGUGAUCCACUGAACUCACAUUGUGAAUGUCCAGCUGGAAGGGGACCACAUGGAUCCUGCAAGCAUGUGGCAGCAGUGCUAAUAAUGAUUAGUGAGUUCAUAGCAACUGGCAAUGUAAAUACAGGAAGGUCGUGUACUGACACUUUAAUGAUGUUUACCAAGCCAAAAUCAUCAUAUAGUGGGUCUCCAGUGAAAGCAGAAAAGUUGCCAACUAAGAGAAAGCUGGCACCAGUUUAUCUUGCUGAUCCUAGACCAAUUAAAUACAGAAACUGCCCAGGUUUCAAUGACCACAUCAAAAACACUGUAACAAACUUCUGCAGUGUAUCAUCAAUGGACUUAUCAAUUAGAUACUUGUAUGAAAAAGCUGAUAUUCAGGUAAGUGUGACUGUUUAUUAUAAUUGUAUAAAUAUAUCAACAUAA